AUGUAUCACUCAAUAUCUCAACCCCACACUCCCACCUGCCUCGCUGCUCACUGUUCUUAGUUCUUAAAUCCUCAGAGUUCUCACCCUCUUUCUAGCCUUUUUCAUCUUCUGUUUCUUUGUCUUUGCUUGGUGAGUUAGUCAUAAAUUUUUGGUUGGUUUUUUGCUUCUGGGUGGUGUCCGUUGGGGGUGGUGAUGGACGAUGGGGAGUGGGUUCUGGUGCGGAAACCCGCAGAGAAGGACAUUUGGAACCCCACCUCCAUGGCCCUUGCCGACACUUCCAAGCCGUUGAAAGUUACGUUCAGUGGACCUGCCAAGCACUGGACUGACGCAAUUCCCAUCGGAAAUGGUCGCCUUGGCGCCAUGGUGUGGGGCGGCAUUGCAUCGGAAACUCUCCAGCUCAAUGAGGACACUUUGUGGACUGGGAUUCCAGGGAAUUACACGAAUCCUGAUGCUCCAGCCGCCUUAGCGGAGGUUAGAAAACUUGUUGACAGUGGUGAGUAUGCUGAGGCUACAAAAGCAGCGGUCAAGUUGUCAGACCAUCCCUCUGAUGUUUACCAACUUCUGGGUGAUAUCAAACUAGAGUUUGAUGAUUCACAUAUUAAGUAUACAGAAGGUACAUAUCGCAGAGAGCUUGACUUGGAAUCUGCAACAGCAGCGGUGAAAUAUUCUGUUGGUGAUGUUGAAUUUACUAGGGAACAUUUUGUUUCAAAUCCUGAUCAGGUUAUAGUAACAAAGAUUUCUGGAAGCAAACCUAAGUCUCUGUCAUUUACAGUUUCUCUAGACAGCAAGUUACAUCAUGAUUCUCAAGCAAAUGGGAAAAAUCAGAUUAUAAUGCAAGGAAGUUGUCCUGGUAAAAGAAUCGCACCAAAAGCUAGUGCGAAUGAGAAUCCGAAGGGAAUUCAGUUUGCUGCAUGUCUUGAAUUACAAAUUAGUGAAGGAGGUGUUGUAAGCAUUUUAGAUGACAAGAAGUUGAAGGUUGAAGAUUCAGAUUGGGCCGUUCUGCUUCUGGUUGCUUCUUCUUCGUUUGAUGGUCCAUUCACUAUGCCUUCAGAAUCUAGGAAAGAUCCCACUUCAGAGUCUAUCAAUGCGUUGAAGUCUAUAAAAAACUUGUCAUAUUCUGAUCUUUAUGCCCACCACUUGGAUGAUUAUCAGAAUCUUUUUCACCGUGUAUCUCUGCAGCUUUCAAAAAGUUCAAAGAGCAAUUUAAAAGAUGGCUCUCUGGCUAUGAAGAAGGUUAAAUCUUCUACAACUAAUUUAUAUUUCAGUAAAAGUGAAGAUGAUGCAGUUUCAACUGCAGAGAGGGUGAAAUCUUUUCAAACAGAUGAAGAUCCUUCCUUUGUGGAGCUUUUGUUUCAAUAUGGUCGGUAUUUGCUUAUUUCUUCUUCACGGCCAGGAACUCAGGUGUCAAAUUUGCAGGGUAUUUGGAGCAAGGAUAUUGAGCCAGCAUGGGAUGGCGCUCCUCAUCUGAAUAUUAAUCUUCAAAUGAACUAUUGGCCAUCCCUUUCUUGCAACCUGAAAGAGUGCCAGGAACCUUUGUUCGAUUAUAUUUCCAGUCUGUCAAUCAAUGGGAGUAAAACUGCAAAAGUGAAUUAUGAAGCAGGUGGUUGGGUUGCACAUCAAGUGUCUGACAUAUGGGCAAAAACAUCGCCAGAUCGAGGUGAGGCUGUAUGGGCUUUAUGGCCAAUGGGGGGAGCUUGGCUCUGCACCCAUCUUUGGGAGCAUUUCGCCUAUACAAUGGAUAAAGAUUUUCUAAAAAAUAAGGCAUAUCCUUUGUUAGAAGGCUGUACUUUCUUUCUGUUGGACUGGUUGAUUGAGGGCCCUGGAGUAUAUCUGGAAACCAAUCCAUCAACUUCUCCUGAGCAUAUGUUUGUUGCUCCUAAUGGUGAGCAAGCAAGUGUAAGCUACUCAUCAACCAUGGACAUUGCAAUCAUAAGAGAAGUGUUCUCUGAAAUUGUUUCUGCUGCUGAGAUUUUGGGAAGAAAGGAUGAUGCUCUCAUUGGAAAAGUCCGUGAAGCUCAGCCAAAGUUGUUACCCACAAAAAUUGCUAGAGAUGGUUCCAUUAUGGAAUGGGCACAAGAUUUUCAGGACCCAGAUGUGCAUCAUCGACAUCUAUCACACCUUUUUGGCCUGUUUCCCGGGCACACAAUUACCGUUGAAAAGACUCCAGACCUCUGUAAAGCUGCUGAUAAUACCCUCUAUAAAAGAGGGGAGGAUGGUCCCGGAUGGUCAACUACAUGGAAAAUUGCUUUGUGGGCACGUCUUCACAACAGUGAGCAUGCUUAUCGCAUGGUCAAGCAUUUAAUUAGUUUGGUGGAUCCAACUCAUGAAGGUGACUUUGAGGGAGGACUCUACAGUAACUUGUUCACUGCACAUCCUCCUUUUCAAAUUGAUGCCAAUUUUGGUUUUUCAGCAGCAAUUGCAGAAAUGCUCGUUCAGAGCACCAUGAAGGAUCUAUACUUGCUCCCUGCUCUUCCCCGGGAUAAAUGGGCAAAUGGUUGCGUGAAAGGAUUGAAAGCACGCGGUGGGGUGACAGUCAACAUUUGCUGGCAAGAAGGAGAUCUAGAGGAAGUGGGGCUUUGGUCCAAGGAGCAAAAUUCUGUCGAAAGAUUACAUUAUAGAGGAACAAUAAUAACGGCAGAGAUAUCAAGUGGGAAAGUUUACACCUUCAAUAGACAUCUGAAAUGCGUGAGGACAUACUCUUUGUCGGAAGCGGCUUUUUCUUGAACAGGGUGUCUCCCUGUCGAGCAUUUAUUUUGUAUCUCCUCAUAAAUUUUGCACAGGAACUUGGAUUCCUUGGCUUUCCUGUUUCAUUCUUUCUACAUUUAUUCUUGUGCCUCACUACAGAUAGUAAUCUUUUCGGGCAUGCAUUACAUUUCUUCUAUAGGAUUGUUCAGUUAUCGGUUA